AUGGCGAAGUCACAAGCGAAGGUCCAGCUGGAGAAUGAAGUGAUGAAACGUGUAGACAUGGUCAGAGACAUUGAAGUACUACGACGAGAAAGAGAUGUUUUUCGAAGAAGGAUUGAAUUUUGUAGACAAAAGGAUGCCACAGAAACGACAGAAGGGUUGAGUGAAUUGAGCUGCUGUCUCAGAGAGUACACAGAUGAGGAGAUCAAACUGGCCACCGACAAAUUUUCAGAGCGUUUUAGAUUGAAAUCAGGAAUUGAUUUGACCAGUGUUUAUAAAGGGCGUAUCAAUCAUGUCACAGUAGCUAUCAAACUCAUCAGCGACAUUAGACAUCCUCAUGUGCUUGCUAUGAUGGGCUACUGCUCCCAGCCAAACUCUACUGUCUUCGAAUACAUGCACAAUGGUAGCUUACGGGACAUCUUAGUUUCCUCCCAUGAAAUAAAGAACCUCGCCCGGGACCUUUGGUGGCACGACCGCAUCCGCAUUGCAGCGGAGAUUUGCUCCGCAGUAUGCUACCUCCACAUGGCUCGGCCGAAACCCAUUGUUCAUGGUCACCUCAGCCCAUCGAACAUUCUCCUCGACCGCAAUCUCGUGGUCAAGGUCAGUGGUUUAGGGCUCAACCAAUCCUUGUACGACGAAAGCCACAUUGUAUGGGACAUAAGGGCUUUUGGGAUUUUGACUCUCAAUCUUCUAACUGGAAGGAACUGGGUUGAUGAGGAUAUGCUAAUGGACAAGGAAGGAUUAGUUCGAGUUUUAGAUAAGAAGGCUGGGCAAUGGCCAUUGGAUUUGGCAGAGGAACUUGUGAGCUUGGUGUUAAGGUGUUUAACCAUUACCAAUGGACCCAAUAGGGAUUUAAGGAGAAUAAUGGAGGAGCUUGGUGAAAUCAGAAAAAGGGCUGAUGUUUUAGUAGCAAGAGGAGGAUCUGGCUUGAAUAUUAAGGGAAUUGUUCAUGGAGAGGUCACCAAUGAUGUCCCAAGUGUUUUCAUAUGCCCCAUAUUUCAGGAAGUAAUGAAGGAUCCACAUAUAGCGGCUGAUGGAUUUUCGUACGAGCAAGAAGCCAUAGGAAAAUGGUUGCGACUGGGGCAUGAUACAUCGCCGAUGACAAAUUUGAAGUUUGAGAAUAAGAUUUUAAUCCCUAAUCAUACCCUACGCUCUCUCGCUCAAGAUUGGCAUUACAAAAGAUCAAUUCCAUAUCCAUGA